AUGGAGAUGAGGAAGAAAAUCCCAGAGGGGUCGGAUUACGGAAUCUCGGAUUCUCAAAACAUCAGAAGAUCAAAAUCUCAGAAUCUCAGAAUCUCAGAGUCUCAGAAUCUCAGAAUUUCAGAAUCUCAGAAUCUCAGAAUCUCAGAAUCUCAGAAACUCAGAAUCUCAGAAUCUCAGAAUCUCAGAAUCUCAGAAUCUCAGAAUCUCAGAAUCUCAGAAUCUCAAAAUCUCAGAAUCUCAGAAUCUCAGAAUCUCAGAAUCUCAGAAUCUCAGAAUCUCAGAAUCUCAGAAUCUCAGAAUCUAAGAAUCUCAAAAUCUAAGAAUCUCAAAAUCUAA